AUGGGCAAUGCGCCACCGAUCUCCGCACAGCAGCUGAAGCAGCUGCGGAACAAGUAUGACAAGGACGGCAACGGGGACCUCAGCUGGGAGGAGUUCAAAGCGCUGGCGCUGGAGGUGGGCCAGCUGCAGGGCCUCAAGACGCCCGUCUCCGAGGAGAAGCUGCAGAAGAUCUUCCAAGGGCUGGAUGCAGACUCGAGCGGCUCCGUGAACUUCCAGGAGUUCGAGGCGGCGCACGCCAAGCUCCAGGAGCAGCUGCAAGCAGCUGCCAAGGCUAAGGCCAAGGCCAAGCCUAAGGCAAAAGCUGAGGGCAAGGCCAAAGCCAAGCCGAAGCCCAAAGCCAAGGCGCCGGCUGCGGAUGCUGUGGCCGAAAAUCAGGCCUCCAUUUUCGACUCCCUGCCCGGGUUCGACUCCUUCAUACCUACCAUCGGCGUGCCGGACUUGGGGGUCUCCAGCCUUUUCGCAGAGGACUCGCGGGUGCCGGUGGCCAAAGCCAUCCCCACACCCAAGAAGACCAAGCCCCCGCCGCUGCCGGAGCCACCCCCCGCGCCGCUGAACUCCCAGGCGCCCUGGUCUGCCCAGCUCAAGGCUGCCGACCCGGACUGGUACGACCCCGACGACGCGGAGUUCUCCGGCUCCGACGACUUCCCGGACGUGGGGGAGGUGCCAGAGGAGCCUUCGGCGCCUCCGGCGGCUCCUGCGGCUCCUGCGGCGCCGCAAGCGCCGCCAAAGGCGGAGCCGAAGCCGGAGGCAAAGGCCAAGCCCAAGGCGAAAGGGGAGGCAAAGGCCAAGCCUAAGGCCGAUGCCAAAGCCAAGGCCAAAGUCAAGCCGAAAGCUAAACCGCAAGUCAACCAACUGGGGCAGCUGAAGGACUUCCUGCGGUUGCCUUGA